AUUAUCAACAACCCUAAAUGCAAUAUUUUGGUUUUACGUGGAAAUAACAAUGAGUCGUUGAGGAAAAACAUUAAAAAUGUUUAUUAUACUUUUAUGGAUGGUUCUUUCGCUAGUGAUACUAGCCGUGGUUUCAUUUAUUUCUUUAAAACAUUGGUUGCUAAGCCGGAAAAAGAAGUUGCAUGCAACAUCGGAAAAUAGCAUAAAUGUUGGAAUUUUUCAUCCAUAUUGCAAUGCAGGAGGCGGCGGGGAACGAGUUCUGUGGUGUGCAGUAAAGGCGUUGCAGAAAAGAUAUCCCAAUGCUAAGGUUGUUAUUUAUACUGGAGAUAUAGACGCCUCUCCUAAUUCCAUUUUGGAAAAAGCAAAGAACGUCUUCAACAUAGCCAUCGACAAUGACAAUGUGAGAUUUAUAUUCCUGAAACAACGCCACUGGAUCGAGGCCAAGAAGUAUCCGCAUUUCACUUUGCUGGGCCAGAGUUUAGGAUCAAUGGUCCUCGGGCUGGAGGCACUCUUGAAGUUCCCGCCAGAUAUAUUUAUUGAUACCAUGGGCUAUGCCUUCACGUAUCCGCUCUUCCGGUAUCUUGUUCAGUCUAAAGUCGGAGCCUAUGUCCACUAUCCGGUUAUAAGUACGGAUAUGUUAAAGCGGGUCCAACAGCGCCAGAUGUCCCACAACAAUAAGAAAUAUGUUGCAAGAAAUCCAUUCCUUACAUGGACAAAACUUACCUACUACCGGUUGUUUUCGAAGAUGUACAAAUGGGUGGGUCGUUGUGCCGAGACUAUCAUGGUCAACUCCUCCUGGACAGAGAACCAUAUCCUUCAGAUAUGGGAUGUGCCAUUCAAGACGCAUCGCGUUUAUCCUCCCUGCGAAGUCAGUCAUUUAAAGAAUCUGGAGCACUUGGAAAAGGGCGAGGAGUUUAUCAUUUUGUCUGUGGGACAAUUCCGUCCAGAAAAGGAUCAUCCUCUGCAACUGCAAGCUAUUUACGAGUUGAGAACUCUAUUGGCGCAGGAUGAGGCUCUAUGGAAUCGAAUAAAAUUAGUUAUUGUGGGCUCCUGCCGGAACGAGGAGGAUUACGAAAGAUUGAAAAAUAUGCAGGAUUUGUCCAAGCACUUGUCACUUGAAAAUAAUGUUCAAUUUAAAGUGAAUGUGCCAUACGAUGAGCUUCUGAAACUAUAUCAAACAGCCCACAUUGGAAUCCACACCAUGUGGAAUGAGCAUUUUGGAAUCGGCAUAGUAGACUGCAUGGCAGCUGGGCUUAUAAUGGUAGCCCAUAGAUCCGGAGGUCCACUGCUCGAUAUUGUGGAAACUUCGGAAGGUAGCCAGAAUGGAUUUCUGGCAGUUGACGCAGUUGAUUACGCAGAAAACCUAUUAAAUAUUAUUGUUAACAACGUGGAUACCGUUGGAAUUCGUAAUGCAGCAAGAGCUUCUGUGGAAAGAUUCUCCGAGCAGGAAUUCGAGAGAAACUUUCUGCGAGCUAUCUCGACACUAUUUCCAAACGCUUAAAAACCAAAUAAGAUUAUUUGUAGAACUUUAUGGAUUAAAGAGAACAUACCUAUGACA